AUGGACAACAUAUCUUUCAAUAUGGUGUUCACCCUUACUGGUCUCAAGGAAGCAAAAGCAAACAAAUAUACAUACUUUGUUGUUAUUCCAUUUGUUUAUUUCUUAAUUAAUUUAUUUAAUCUGACACUGAUUGUGACAAUUAUUCUAGAGAGAGCACUCCAUGAGCCCAUGUACAUCUUCCUGUGUAACCUGUGUUUUAGUGGACUGUAUGGAACAGCUGGUUUCUACCCUAAAUUCCUGUCUGAUUUAUUUAAUGACAUUCAUCUCAUCUCAUACAAUGGUUGUCUACUACAAGCAUUUAUAAUCUACAGUUAUAUACUUUGUGAGUAUGCAGCAUUAAUGAUAAUGUCUUAUGACAGGUUUGUUGCAAUAUGCAAACCAUUGGACUAUCACAGGAUAAUAACAUCUCAAACUAUUGGCAGAUUAAUUUUGUAUUCAUGGUCAUUUCCAUUGAUCGCUGUGUUCAUUGGAAUUAUAUUAACAAAGAGAUUGAGAUUAUGUGGAUCCCAUAUCUAUAAAGCCUACUGUGACAACUGGUCAGUUGUGAAACUGUCUUGUGUACCAACUACAAUUAAUAUCAUGUAUGGAUAUUUCUUAAUCUGUUCAGUAAUAGCACAUGCCAGUUUUAUUGUGUUGUCUUAUAUAAAAUUGAUCAAAGCAUGCAUAAUAUCAAAGGAGAGUAAGAAGAUAUUUAUAAAGACCUGUUUACCACAUUUACUUUCAUUAAUUAAUUUUACAAUAGCUAUUCUUUUUGACGUAAUGUUCAGUCGAUACGGAUCAAGGGAUUUUCCAAACAGUUUACGUAACUUCCUGCAGCUGGAGUUUCUAAUAAUCCCCCCUCUUUUAAAUCCCAUUAUAUAUGGGCUGAAACUGGCUGAGAUACGUAACAGAGUUUUCAGAAAAUGCAAGAAACCUAAAAUCAAAGAUUGUCCGCAUACAAGAAAGAGAUAA